AUUCUCUUAACCGGCUUGCAUACCUGCCUUAUUACUCGUGUAUCCAAUAAUGUGCAAAGUUUUGCAAAAAUAAAACAAAACAUAACCUAAAAUUAGUGUUUACAUUUUUAUUACGAAAUGUUUCUUUGUAAAAACUUCCUUGGACAAGCGAAUAUAUGGAGGAAAUUGUUGAUAAAUCAUGCUGCUUCGAAUAUAGUGCCGUCUUUUAGUAAUCACAGCGGCUUAGCCGUAUGUAUACAAAACAGAUGUCUGUUCAGUCACAGAAAUGAAAGAAUCGCAUACCAAAUUAGAAAUAUAACACCUCUACACAGAAAAUGGAGUUCAAGAGGCUUAUUAGAUGGUGAUGUUGGGGAUUUAUUGACUGUUCAGCAUGAUAAAGUGCAGAAGAAAAUCACAGAUCUGUUUCCGCUACCAAGAGUAACAUUGAAUGAGCUAACAAGUAAGACACCGGAUCCAAUAUUUGAUAUACAUUACAAACAAAACACUGUUGCACCCAAAGGAAGAAAGAAAGUUGUUCAGAACAAUGACUGGACCUGCACUUAUACAUUUGUUUGGCCCGAGAAGAAGAAGUUUGAAUGCACAGCCUUAUCGAAACGAAAAGCAGCGGAGAAGGCAGCGACUCAAGCCAUACACUGGUUGUUUGUGAACAAACGAAUUGAUACCAAAGGAUGUCCGAUAUAUGAUAAGAAUGUUCUAGAAGAUAUCAAGAACAAGUUAAACGACCCUCUAGAAGCAGCCAUUAGUGACAGCUCCAUAAAUAAAAUUGAGAAGAUAUGGAAUGAAUAUGAGAGUGGUAUAAAGGACAUUUACGAAGCUACAUUCAAGGAAUCCAGAGAAAAGAUGAUAGAAAUGCCAGCCGUUGUAACCAAAGAUUCUACGAUAGAUGAAGACGAUUUCUCAGAAGAUGAUAGUGAUCAAGUCGAAUUAGAGGAUAAUUCAGAAUUGAAACACCACGUACAUCCAGUGUACGGCAAGAACGUUCCACCAGCCUCAAAAACUUCUCUGGAGAGAAGGGACCGCGCCCUCAGUCGCAAGUUCAAAGAAUAUGAUGAAAAUCUCACUCCGUUACCCAUUGAUGAAUAUCGAGACCAAAUAAUAUCGACGUUGGAACAGAACAGGGUGACCGUUAUUGUUGGUGCUGCUGGUUGCGGGAAAUCGACCCGCGCUCCCGCCGCCAUAUUGCGGCAUUGUGGCGCGAAUACUAGCGCCAUAGUGUCGGAGCCACGACGUGUAGCGGCUAUAGGACUAGCUGAGAGGGUAGCUAGUGAGUUGGGUGAAGAGGUAGGAGAAUCAAUUGGCUAUCAAGUCAGACUGCACUCGAAACCUCCGAAGCCACCUGGAGGGUCGAUCCUGUACUGCACUUCAGGAGUCCUACUAAGAAGAUUGCAGUCCAACCCAGGUUUGGAAGGUUGCACCCACGUGAUAAUAGACGAAGCCCACGAGCGUGACGUCAACACUGAUGUCACGCUGCUACUGCUGAAGCGGGCGUUAGACAUUAAUCCGGAGCUCAAAGUGGUCAUCAUGAGCGCCACCCUCGACAUAGGAGUUUUUACCAAAUAUUUCAACCAAUGUCCAAUAGUAGAAGUACCAGGCCGCACGUUUCCUGUGGAAGUAUCGUAUUUAGAAGAUAUACAAAAGAGGUUUGGUCUAACCUUACCUUACACAGCUGAGAUGUGUAACAAGGUCGAUAUGAGACCCCAAGUCAAAUGUCAAGAGAUAGCAGAAUUGAUUAAAGCAGUGGACAAGAAAGAGAAGGAAGGCGCUAUACUAGUAUUCCUCCCGGGCUGGUCUGAGAUUAAAAUGACAAGACAAUUAUUGGAGGAACACUACGGACAGUCUUCCAUGCAUAUGAUAUUGCCUGUACAUUCUAGACUAUCAACGACAGACCAAGCGAAAAUGUUUGCGACGCCCUCUCCUGGUAUACGGAAAAUAGUUCUAGCCACGAAUGUAGCGGAAACAUCGAUCACUAUACCUGAUGUAGUCUACGUUAUUGAUAGCGGAGCUCAUAAGGAAAAUAGAAUCAGAGAUGGUACCGGUACAGCAAGCUUAGAAACAGUUUGGGUGUCUUUAGCUGGUGCUAAACAAAGGGCGGGUCGAGCUGGAAGAGUACAACCAGGUCACUGUUACAGAAUGUAUAGCAAAGAAAAAGAGGCUGAAUUCGUUCCACACACUACGCCAGAGAUAUUAAGAAUACCCCUAGUGCAAACAGUAUUAGAUUGUAAAUCGUACGCUCCGAACGAGAAGAUCGCUAGUUUCCUAUCACAACUCCCGGAACCGCCUUCCGAUAAAUCUAUACGGUUUGCAGUUAACGAUCUCGUGGAAUUGGGAGCCCUAACCUCCUCGGAACGGUUAACACGACUAGGUACGAUCCUGUCGUCUGUGUCCCUCCACCCCCGACUAGCUCUGAGCGUGCUGCAGUCUGCAAUACUUGGCAACGUGGUGGCCGCUACAUACAUGGCGGCCCAUUGCUCGACGCAUACCGAGCUGUUCUGCAACGCGGCGGAUAGAAGGGAUGAAAUUCGCGAGAUAAAACGCAGUUACAGUCCGACAUCAGACUACGGCGCCCUCUACUGGAUACAAGAAGAGUUCGACAGAAUAUCACAGGAAGGUGACAGGGAAUCUUCUGAUAAAUACUGCGAGAAGUACGGCCUAAGAGGGGACCGACUGGCGUAUAUUAGAUCCCUCGCCUACCUCCAUUUGGAACAGAUUCUCAACACCUCCAUAAUAGCACCCACAACAGAAGCAGAAGAACUGAACCGCUUCUCCGACAUAGAAGAGUUGCUAUGUGCCACACUGAUCUCUGGUGCCGACGCGCUACUUACAACGAAGAAGCAAGUCAAGACUAAAGGGAAAUUGAAGACUGUUGUUGAUGUUGUUACUAGUACAGGCGACCGUGCUCACAUAGGAACAGAAAGCGUGAACUACAAUAUAUCCAAACAGUCUCCUUCGCGAACGCAUUUGCUGGCGUACUUUGGAGGCACCCAUUCUGUAGAGAGACGGGCUCUGGUCGUAUAUAGAACUUGCUUGGUACCACCUCAUACGCCUCUACUGUUCUGCAUCGGAGAUAUUCGUAAGGAAGAAAACGGAGACAUCACUCUGCUGACCUUGCCCAAGCAUCAUCUACAGAUUCGAGUUCCAACCAGCCAAGCUGAAAGCCUGUUAAAACUGCGAGAAAUGCUCUGGAAGACAUUCAAAUACCACAUAGAGAGAGACAUACAAACUCUCGACUAUAACGACAACGAAAUAACGUCUAAAUUCAAAGUGCGGCUUGUCAAAACUAUUGGGAGAGUUCUCGUAGAAGCUCAUAGGCAAUAUAUUGAGGGAAAAUCUAUGUUCGACGAGAUUGGAGAUGUUGAAAAUAGAUAAAAAUAAAAUUAAAAUACAUUUUCUGGUUUUAUUUUUCUUAUCAAAGGCUUUCUUUAUCUGUUAUCGUGAUCAUCA